UAGUCCAUAAGACAGCAGUCUUUCUUUGGAUUUAUUUUUCACCAAAACUUCUCAUUUCUAGGCAUGGAUUUGCUCCUGGAUUCUGGCUAAUUAUGACUGACUUUCUCCCAGUUUCCUCAAAGUGUAACACAAUUCCCUAACUUUUUUUUUUAAAGGACUGGGAAUCAUUUACUAUGUCUGUGACUGCCCUGUUUAGGGGCAAGUGGGGGCCGAAGUCACAGGAAACCCCAGAGAAGCAUGCAGCAGCAGCUGUGGUUCAACAAAGCUAUGAGUUGGAUGAUGAUGAGGAUGACUCCAAGUUUGGUUUCAGCAGAGAGCCUAUCCGCAGGAACUCCCGGUUUUACCGCUCAGUGAGGAAGAAGAGGCCUGUCUCCUCUGAGAACUCUGAAAGUUCUACAAGGCUUGGUUUGGAUCACAGUCCCCCAAACAGAGUAGUAGGUUCCUCCUCUGAUGCUAGUUUACCCCAAAAAUCCCCUUUAUUGCUUGGGGCUAGACGCCCUCAGCAUUCACCACAGCUCCACCAUUCCAGAACUGUGUUGCCAAGCAAUAAUGAGGCUAACAGCAGACAUGCUCUGUACAACACGGAUGCUGUGAAUAAGAGAAGAGGAGGAGUGGGAGGAGGGAGUGUGGACCUAUCUGCUGCCUCUUACAGCCGGAGUAGAGAUUUUACAGCUGGCACGAUCACUUACCGGACUCACAGCAUUCAUAGUGGAGACAUAGAAAAGCUGUCUGAGCAAACCACUGCAGCCUGCACUGUACAGGAGGUCAGAGGGAAAAUCAUGAGUUCACAACGGCCCACCUCAGAUGGAUCAGACCAGGAUAUCAUCAACCUCAGGUUGCUCAGCAAUGGUGAUGGCCCCCAAACAAUAUGCCACAGCCUCAAGAUUGUCAAAAACACUGACUUCUUGUACCAGGAAUACCGUGACACCUCCAAACAACAGGAGAUUGAGCAACGGCGGCAACUUGAGAGUCUUUCUCCUGGAGUCAAGGCGGGGCCUGUAGGGACAGGGUCCAGUGUCAUGUCCCCACCAGUGUUACAGUUGCAGUUAAGGAACAGUGCAUGCUCACUGAGCUUGUGGCAGAACCUGGAAGCUGUGCAGGCCAGCGGCCUGCUCACCCAGUUACCACAGAAAGAAAUCAUAAUGCAAGAGGCCAUGUUUGAGCUUGUUACCUCAGAGGCAUCCUACUACAAGAGUUUGGAAAUUUUAGAGACUCACUUUCUCCAUAACCCUGUUUUAGUCAACACUCUCUGCCAAUCCGACAUGCAUUUUCUGUUCUCCAACAUUGAAGAAGUCAUGAAAGCCAGUGAACGGUUCCUUAUGGAUCUUGAGCACCGAAUUGAGGAAUCUAUUUUGAUUUCUGAUGUGUGUGACAUUGUUUACCAACACGCUGUUGAACACUUCAGUGUCUUCAUUAAAUAUGUCAUUAACCAGGUGUACCAGGAAAAGAACUACAGACGGAUUUUAGAGGGAAAUCAGGCAUUUCGGGAGGCCAUGGGUGCACUGGAGAACCAUCCACGUGUCAGAGGCCUGUCCUUUACCUCAUUCCUCAUCCUUCCUUUCCAGAGGAUCACAAGGCUCAAGUUGCUGGUACAGAAUAUUCUGAAAAAAGCAGAGGAAAACUCAGAGAGAGAGGCACAUGCUAUUAAAGCACAUCAGCAACUGGGGCAGAUUGUCGAAGAAUGUAAUGAGGGUGUGCGAAAAAUGAGUCGCACUGAGGAGCUUAUCAGCAUUGAGAAGACACUGGAGUUUAAAUCCAAGUCUGUGCCGGUCAUUUCCCACUCGCGCUGGUUGCUAAAGAAGGGUGCGGUUCAACUGAUGGCAGGGCCCAAGAGCACUAGGACCAUGCGAAGCCGUAAGCUCUACCAACCAGUGUACUUGUUCCUUUUUAACAAUCUACUUCUGGUCACCAAGCGUAAUUCUAGUGGGGACAAGUUCCAGGUUCUAGACUCUUGCACUCGGGCCAUGCUGAGGACUGAAGAUCUUGAAGACCAGGGCCAGCUGUUGGCCAGUGUUUUUAAUCUUAAACUGUUGGAGAACCAAGAGGAACGUCCCGUCAACUACAUGCUCAAGACUUCCAGUAUGAGUGAUAAGCUUCGAUGGAUGUGUGCUCUCACUCCCAACCGACGCACACGCUUUAUGUCUACUAGUGCCCAGCAAACAGACUCUGUGCAGGUGCAAUGUAUUCAGUCAUACUCAUCCCAGGAGCCAGAUGAACUCUCCGUUGAGAUGGCAGAUGUACUGAAUCUCCUGGAGGCAACAGACGAUGGUUGGAUGAUGGGUGAAAGGCUUCACGAUGGAGAGAGGGGCUGGUUCCCUAGUAGAGUAGUAGAGGAGAUCCAGAGCAAGGAGGUCCGGGCUCAAAACCUUAGGGAAGCAUUUAGGAUCCAGCAGGCACAGGAAAGUGGAGGAGGCUCUCAAACUGGAGCCAGGAUUGGCUUAAGGGUGGGUAGGCGUACCCCAAAGGUCUCCAACUUCUCCAAUCCUUGGAUCGAGCAAAUGGGGGAGAGCAGUGAACAAAAGCAGUGAAUCAGUAACAGCGAUAUCACCAUUUAGGGCCAUAUGCACAAAGAUGAAG